GUUUUUUUUUUUUUUGAAGAUUAUUUUUAUCAUAGUUUGUGAAAUUGAGAAAUAUUUUAUUUAAAGAAUAUAUCAAGAUUGAUUAUUAAUUUGUUAAAAAUAUAUUAAUGAAAAAAAAUCAUGGAAUACUCUUAUGAUGUUGAUGAAGUGCCUCAAGGUAAAUUACCCUCAAUAAAACAUGACAUAAAACAAGCAAAGAUGUUUUUAAUGAAAGAUAGCCCAGAGUCUGGAGAUAGCCUAUACAAUCAUUUAUCAGAAUUAUUGAAUAAAAUAUUAUCAGAACGUCCAAACAAUGCUGUCGAUAUUUUUGAAGAAUAUAGUAAAAAAAUAAAAGAACAAAGAUACAAAGUAAAAAAUAAUAUUCAAGAUUUCUAUAUUCCAAUUGGUGAUUAUGAUAAUGCAAAAAAAAUCAUUAAACUUUUUCGGAUGAUAAAAGAGAAAGAAAAAAAAGAUAUUCAUAUUGUAGAAAAUGAAGAAAAAAAAAUAAUACAAAAUUUAUUUGAUUUAUUUUAUUAUUUUGAACAAAUUGAUAUUGGUUUACCACGUUCAGAUUUAUAUAUGUUGAAUCUAUCAAUCAGAAAAUUAGUCAACGAAAAGCCAAUUACAAAACCAAGAUUCUGGGGCAAAAUUCUCGGCAAACCCAAGAAUUUUUAUGUUCUUGAAGCUGAAUUUACGAAAGAAGAGCUUUCACGUCGUCUUGAAUUGGAGAUAAAAACUGUUGAUGUAGAAAAAAUAAAUGAUGAUGAUAGUAGUGGUAAUAAUAAAUCUAGUAUUGAAAAAAAAUUGAACAGUGAUAGCACUUCACGAGUACACAUGGUUCUACCUAAUCAAAAUAUACCACCAGAAACAAUUGGCACUGGAACUAAUAAAAAAGUAUACUACGUGUGCAAUUUUCCAGGAUUGGAUGAGUGGAUUGAAUUACCCUCGGUCUUGCCUUUACAAAUUACAUUAGCUAAAAAAAUAUUACAUUAUUUUACUGGUUGUCUUGAUACUUUAAUUCACACUUAUCCUUUAUAUCCUGGCAAUGAGGGUAAUUAUUUGCGAUCACAAAUUGCACGUAUCAGUGCAGCAACAUUAAUAUCACCAAUUGGAUUUUACACAUUUGAAAAUGAAGAUAAGGAUCCAGAAGAAGUGGAAGAAGUUGAAGUAGAAGAAGUCGAAGAAGACGAAGAAGAAGAAGAAGAUAUUAACGAAGAAAUUGAAGAAGAAGAACAAGAAGAGAUUGAAUACAAUGAAAUUGAUACAUCAAUUAUAAGUGAAAAUCACCAUUAUAAACCACUACCAGUCAAGGAACUUGUGGAUCCAUCAAUGUCAAACUGGUGUCAUCACAGUGAGUAUAUUCUCUCGCAGGGUCGUACUGUAUGGUGGAAUUCUACUGAUGAAACAGAGCCCAAGGGUGAUGAAGAAGAAAAAGAAGAAGAAAAAGAAGAAGAUGAGGACGAAGAUGAAGAGAAUGAAGAUGAUGAAGAUGAUGACAAAGAAUAUGUAGAAGAAGAAGAAGAACAACAACAACAACAACAAGAACAAAAAGAUGUUAAAAGAAAAGACAUUGAUGUCAAGAAGGAAAUUGGCCCACCGUUAUUAACGCCAUUGUCUGAAGAUAUUGCAACUGAUGGGAUGCCAUAUUGGACAGCAAGAUUGUCAUCUAGUAUUCAACAAGAUACUUCAUUUGCUGUUGUCAGAUCAAAUAUAUGGCCAGGAGCAUUCUCUUUUGCAAAUGACAAGACAUUUGCAAAUAUUUAUAUUGGCACUGGACACAAAUACAAUGUUCAGAAUUUUUCUCCACCUUCAAUGCCACCUGUCCAAGAACAAUACAAAGUUGACUUGGAUAUUAUGGAAGCUCAGGAUCCAAGCAUUGAGGAGGAAGAAACUCAACAUCUCACUCGGAUGACAACACCAAUGAUGAAUAAUUCAGAACUUGAUUUUGGAGAAUCUUUUGAGGAUCAUGAAAAUACGAAAGACCAAGAUGAAGAAAGUUAUGAAUCUGAUGAAAAAAUUGUUGAGUUAAAUUAGAAAUUUAUAACUUAUCUUGUUUUAUAGUAAAAAAUAAAAGUUUUGUUGUUUUAAAAAUACAAGCUAUUUUAUAGAAAAUUUAUUUUUUAAUUUGUACUUUCAACCAACUAUUUAAUAAUAGUAUAAAAUAGAAUAAAAAAAAUUGUUAUUUAAA